UAAAGCGGUGCGUUUUUUACUGAAACUCCCUCUUCCUAAACCCGGCCUCUCUUUGCAAACAAAGCACUCUCCGUCUCAUGCAGCACAAAAUCCGCAUCAAUGGCUGCUCACUUGCAGGUUGGCUAUUUGGUUCAUCUCAAUCAAAAUCUCGAGGAAGACACCUCAUCAGCGAAGCUUCCACUCUCGCCGGGCACAAACAACAUUGGUCGCACCAAUAUCUCUGUAACAGACAAGCGGAUCAGCCGGAAGCACCUCUCUCUCAUCGCCUCCACCGACGGCUCUGCGAAUUUGACCGUGGAAGGCAUCAAUCCGGUUGUGGUAUUAUCAGGGAAUGAGAGGAAGAAGCUGAGCUCUGGAGAGAAUUUGUUGAUUCGUAGUGGUGAUAUUAUAGAGUUGAUCCCUGGCCAUCACUUCUUCAAGUAUGUUGCAUCAUUAGCUGUUGGUGAUAAAAAUGCGCAGAAAAGGGCUUUUAGUUCAACUGAUCAAAGAGAGGAGCUUACUCCGAAGAAGUUGCGGCAAAGACGGGAGGAUAAAGCUAUAUCUUCCAGGAACUCCCAGCAGAACAAUAUAGCAGGAAAUAGUGAAGAGGCAAUGCGCCAUUUUCAUGUAUCUUGUGAUAAGUUGCCUCACACAUUUCGACUUUUACAAGUGCAAGGGCUACCGGCAUGGGCAAAUACCUCUUGUGUUUCUAUUGAGGACGUGAUUCAGGGAGAUAUCCUUGUAGCGAUCCUUUCUAAUUACAUGGUGGAUAUUGAUUGGUUAAUACCUGCAUGUCCAACACUUGCAAAAAUACCUCAUGUGAUGGUCAUACAUGGCGAAGGUGAUGGUACACUGGAGCAUAUGAAGAGAAAGACGCCUGCAAAUUGGAUUGUCCACAAGCCCCCAUUGCCCAUUUCAUAUGGUACACACCAUUCAAAGGCCAUGAUUCUGGUCUAUCCUCGAGGUGUGAGAAUUAUUGUGCAUACUGCAAACUUAAUAUAUGUUGACUGGAACAACAAAAGCCAAGGUCUGUGGAUGCAAGAUUUCCCGUGGAAGGAUGAAAACAAUCCAAGCAAAAUAUGUGAAUUUGAAAAUGACUUGACUGAUUAUCUCAGUGCACUGAAGUGGCCUGCAUUCACUGUUAAACUACCAAUGAUUGGAAGCUUCAAUAUAAAUCCAUCUUUUUUCAAGAAGUUUGAUUACAGUGAUGCAGUGGUCAGAUUAGUUGCGUCUGUCCCUGGUUAUCACACAGGUACCAAUGUCAGAAAAUGGGGACACAUGAAGCUACGGACUAUUCUCCAGGAGUGUAUUUUCAACAAAGAGUUCCAGAAUGCUCCAUUUGUUUAUCAGUUCUCCUCACUUGGUUCACUGGAUGAGAAGUGGAUGGCUGAGCUGGCAUCCUCAAUGUCAUCAGGAAUUACUGAAGAUAAAAAACCUCUUGGUCUGGGAGAGCCACUGAUUGUAUGGCCUACAGUAGAGGAUGUCAGAUGCUCUUUAGAGGGUUAUGCAGCGGGGAAUGCAGUUCCAAGCCCCCUAAAAAAUGUGGAGAAAGAAUUUUUGAAGAAGUAUUGGGCAAAAUGGAAGGCAAGCCAUGCCGGCCGCUGUCGCGCAAUGCCUCAUAUAAAGACAUACACACGUUAUAGUGGUCAAGAACUUGCCUGGUUCCUCCUAACCUCAGCUAAUCUCAGCAAAGCCGCAUGGGGAGCUCUCCAAAAAAGCAACUCUCAGUUGAUGAUUCGUUCAUAUGAGCUUGGGGUGUUGUUUUUGCCAUCUGUAAUCCAAAGCAAUGGACACGUUUUUUCUUGUACAAAUGAAUAUUCAAAGAAACAAAUUGGAUCGAAGGAAAAUGAUGAUGUUCAGAAAGCCAAACUAGUGACUCUGAAUUGGCAAGGAAGCAAGUCUUCGCAGUCUGCAUCUGAAGUUACUGUAUUGCCUGUGCCUUACGAGCUCCCGCCUCAACGAUACUCUUCUGAAGAUGUUCCAUGGUCUUGGGAUCGACGUUAUAACAAGAAAGAUGUGUGUGGCCAAGUUUGGCCACGUCGUGUUCAGCUGUAUUCUUCUCAAGACUAAUAAGCUCUCUAACAUUUGAAUCUCUGUACAUGGAAUGCUGUCUUAGUUCUGUUGCGUGAGUUAUAUUGCACUAUUAUAUGAUUGAUGUUGAAGCGUGCACCUUUCCCACCA